GAUUGCGCUCCAUCACAAUGCAGUUUGUGAACGGCGCCUUGCUACUUAUAUUCUACUUUGGCGUAGACACGACGAAGGCUGAGGGCUGUUCGGGGUCAGCAUGUGGAAAGUGUGACUGCAGUGGUGUUAAAGGGGAAAAGGGUGAGCGGGGAUUUCCUGGCUUGCAAGGCAACAUGGGAUUUCCAGGAAUGCAGGGACACGAGGGACCCCCAGGGCCGAUGGGGCCAAAGGGGGAUCAUGGAACACCCGGAGCCCCUGGACUGAAAGGAACUCGAGGCCCCCCUGGUUUGGCGGGAUUCCCAGGAAAUCCAGGUCUUCCAGGCAUCCCCGGACAAGACGGCCCUCCUGGCCCGCCUGGAAUCCCAGGAUGCAAUGGGACAAAGGGAGACCGAGGCUUUGACGGAGCUCCAGGGUUUCCUGGCCUGCAGGGCCCACCUGGUAUCCCUGGAACUCCAGGAAUGAAGGGUGAUCCAGGUGGUGUCAUUGGAGGCUUCAUCCCACAGAAAGGCGAAAAAGGUUUUGCAGGGUUGCCAGGCGUGCCGGGACCGCAGGGGCCUCCUGGAGUCCCGGGCCCACCUGGACAUCCAGGAUCCGAAGGACACAGAGGUUUGCCAGGCCCCCCGGGACCCCCUGGAGAGCCGGGUGACAGACUAGCUUUCCAAGGUGAAAAGGGAGAAAAGGGAAACCCAGGAGUAAGGGGCCCUCCUGGUCCCCCCGGACCCCCCUUGCAAGAAGUGGGGCAACCCCCUAUCACUCACUACCUACCUGGACCCCAGGGUGAAACGGGAGUGCGUGGUGACAAAGGAGAAAAAGGUUACUGUCCGAUUUCCCUGAGUGGGGUCAAAGGUGAAAUAGGUCCACCAGGUCCUAGGGGUAAACCAGGGAAGGAUGGAGAGGAUGGCAGCAAGGGAGAGAAAGGUUUCCCUGGAGCACCUGGAUACGAUGGACGACCGGGAGAAAAAGGAGACCGAGGGCUUCCAGGAUAUGGUGGACCCCCUGGACCUCCUGGUCCACGUGGAUACCCAGGUUUAAAAGGAGAAAAAGGUUUCCCUGGGAUUCAAGGGGCCCCUGGCCUUCCAGGAGAGAACAUCCCUGGCCCACCAGGGGAUCGGGGAUUCCCGGGAGAGUCUGGACAGAAGGGAGACAGGGGUGCUGAUGGAGAAUCCCUGCUCGGACCGAAAGGCAAAGAUGGGCUUCCAGGGCCUCCUGGGCCCCCUGGACCUCCAGGUGAUGGAGAAUGCAACAUAGAACGAGGCCCACCAGGGCCACCUGGACCCCCUGGACUCAGUGGAGAACAGGGACAGAAAGGUGACCAAGGAGACACCUGUGUGCAGUGUGAGGCCUUUGGACCCCCUGGGCUGCCGGGCCCCCAGGGCCCAGCUGGAAGUCAAGGUUUCCCUGGCCCAGCAGGCAGUAAAGGAGAGAAGGGUCUUCCGGGGUUCCCUGGUUCUCCUGGUGACCCAGGCAGCAGAGGAUCUCCAGGGUUGAUGGGUGCCCCAGGAGCUAUCGGGGAGCCGGGUGACAUCUACGCAGCGCCUGGCCUGAAAGGGGAGAAGGGUAGCCCUGGCAGAGCUGGCAGCAGUGGGCUGCCAGGUCUGGAUGGGCUCCCAGGCAGGGAUGGGUUACCAGGCCAGCCGGGACCCAAAGGAGAACCAGCGACUGUGGGCAUUAAGGGAGACCAGGGUCGAGACGGGGAGCCAGGACAGAUUGGACUUCCAGGAGAGAGGGGUCCCCCCGGUCUCCCGGGAUAUGGGCGUCCCGGGGAACCCGGCGAAAAAGGCAGUCAGGGGCUGCCGGGACGUCCCGGAGCUCCCGGGACUGUAGGACCUAAAGGUGAACCUGGGAAAGCAGUCAGCUCACCUGGGCCACAAGGUGUCCCAGGACCUCGAGGAGAGACAGGGCGACCUGGACUCCAAGGUGAUCGAGGCCUUCAGGGUGAUCCUGGCAUGCCGGGUUUCCCUGGGCCGAAAGGUGACCCAGGCCUCCCAGGAAUCGGACUACCUGGCUCCCCAGGGCCCAAAGGGUAUUCGGGGAUACCUGGAGCCCCUGGCAUACCGGGAGCACCAGGACCAGUUGGACAGAAUGGCUUCCCCGGAAGCCCAGGGACACCUGGGCAAAAGGGUGAGCCAGGACGAGGGUUGCCAGGGCCGAAGGGCUCCAUGGGGCCCCAGGGGGUCACCGGGUAUCCGGGAGAGAAGGGGAGCGUGGGGCUUCCUGGCAUUCCGGGAGGGGAGGGACAAACAGGACCCCCUGGAGCUCAGGGAAUUAAAGGUGAUUCUGGGCCCCCAGGGCCACACGGGAUCGAGGGGCCCCCCGGGCCCCCAGGACAGGGCGAGCCCGGUGCACCUGGGCCGAUGGGUCCCCCUGGAUUACCUGGCCCCUAUGGAAGUGCGGGAGUGAAAGGGGAGAAAGGCUACCCUGGACCCCCAGGUUUGGACAUGCCCGGCCCUCAGGGGGAGAAGGGGGACGCAGGGUUCCCUGGAAUCGUGGGAACAAAGGGGUUGCCAGGUAGACCAGGUCCUCCCGGAAGAGAUGGAUUCCCAGGCGAGCCAGGUCCAAAAGGAGAAAUGGGCGUCAUGGGAACACCAGGUGUACCUGGAUAUCAGGGCACCCCUGGCACCCCUGGCCUACCUGGCCAAAGAGGUCAAUCUGGUGAAAUAGGACUGAAGGGAGACUCUGGAGAGCCAGGGCCCAAAGGAGAGCGUGGAGAGCAAGGUCUGCAGGGACCUCCUGGGAACAUGACCGACGUGGACAUGGAGCAUAUGAAGGGAGAGAAGGGCGACAUUGGGGACAGAGGUGAUCCUGGACCAACUGGAGAAAAAGGACACCUGGGACUGCCUGGAUCACCAGGAAUGCCUGGAAAAGACGGAGAGCCAGGUGCACCCGGACAGCCAGGGUCGAAAGGUGACACUGGUGUACCUGGAGAGCCAGGAAGUGUUGGAUCACCUGGACCGAAAGGCAGUAUUGGAGAAAUGGGGCUACCAGGUUCGGCUGGACCAAAAGGUGCUAAGGGAACGAUCGGGACGCCCGGCCACCCGGGAUUCCCUGGCUCUGACGGCACGAAGGGAGAGAAGGGUGAUGCAGGACUACCGGGCAUUGGGGUUCCUGGACAUCCAGGAGAGAAGGGUCAGGUGGGCCAGCCCGGUUUCCCAGGGGUCCAAGGAGAUAAGGGCCAGAAGGGUGUAAUGGGUGUUCCAGGCAUGCCCGGAUCACCGGGACUAAAGGGAGACCAGGGGGUAGAGGGACAGCAAGGUAGUCCUGGACACCCAGGUGAGAAAGGAGUCAGCGGACUUCCAGGUGUACAUGGAGAGCCAGGAUUUCCUGGACGGCCAGGUGAGCCAGGUCUGCAGGGUCCGGCGGGUCCACAAGGGGAGAAGGGAGAACCUGGCGUGGAUGGGAUACCUGGUUCCUCUGGGGAGAGGGGUGACCCAGGUUUUCCAGGCCGAGGGCUCCCUGGGUCUCCUGGACUGAUCGGCAGUAAAGGUGACAAAGGCAGCGCUGGACUCCCGGGUAUUCCAGGGAACUCUGGUAUCCCAGGACCAAAGGGGGAGAAGGGUAUCCAGGGCAGCCAGGGUCAGCAGGGCUGGCCAGGGGAGCCGGGCCUCCCAGGGCCUUCGAUGGAAGGGCCCAAGGGAGAGCAAGGAGUGCCAGGGACACCUGGUGAUCCAGGUGCACCUGGAGCUCCGGGUCCUGCUGGAGUUCCAGGAAGUGCAGGAGCCAAAGGGGAGAAGGGAGACCAUGGCUUCCAGGGGUCUCCAGGACCACAGGGAUACAAAGGAGAGAGAGGACAGCCUGGUGUUCCUGGACAAACUGGCCUGCCAGGAUACAACGGACCAAAGGGGGAGAUGGGACAGCAAGGUGUUCCUGGAUUCCAAGGGGUGAAAGGUGAAAUUGGAAUAUUUGGACCCAAAGGAGAGCUGGGAGACAGAGGUUUCCCUGGAGAGAAAGGUAACACCGGCCCACCUGGACCACCAGGGCCCCACACCUUCAUCAAAGGGGACAUUGGGAUUCCAGGACCCCAGGGCCCACAGGGGCUAAAAGGACAGCAAGGAUUAAUUGGACUUAAAGGGCAGCAAGGUGUGACGGGACCGUCAGGUGGGAAGGGAGAUGAGGGGGUGCCAGGUUACCACGGUCAGCCUGGAACCAAGGGAGAACCUGGUCCUGUUGGACCUUCAGGACCCAGAGGAUACCCUGGCCCACCUGGGCCAGAUGGUGUCCCAGGCCAGGUGGGGCCUCCAGGCCCCUCCUCCAUGGACCAUGGCUUCCUGGUCACACGCCACAGCCAAUCAGUGGAGGUCCCACACUGUCCAGAGGGCACCAGCCCCAUCUAUGAUGGAUACUCCCUCCUGUAUGUCCAGGGCAACGAGAGGUCACAUGGACAGGACCUGGGAACGGCUGGCAGCUGCUUGAGGAAGUUCAGCCCCAUGCCUUUCUUGUUCUGCAACAUCAACAACGUCUGCAACUUCGCGUCCAGGAAUGACUACUCCUAUUGGCUGACCUCCCCAGAGCCCAUGCCCAUGAACAUGGCGCCCAUCACUGAGCAGAAUAUCAAACCCUUCAUUAGCAGGUGUGCUGUGUGUGAGGCUCCUGCUAUGGUGAUUGCAGUCCACAGUCAGACCAUAAUGAUCCCGCCUUGCCCGACUGGAUGGGACUCCCUGUGGAUCGGAUAUUCCUUCGUCAUGCACACCAGUGCAGGUGCUGAGGGCUCUGGUCAGGCCUUGGCCUCACCUGGGUCCUGCCUGGAGGAGUUCCGCUCCGCCCCCUUCAUCGAGUGCCACGGGCGGGGAACCUGCAACUACUACGCCAACUCCUACAGCUUCUGGCUGGCCACCAUCGAGGAGGACGAGAUGUUCAAGAAACCGGUCCCCACGACGCUGAAAGCGGGAAGCCUCCGCACUCACAUCAGCCGAUGCCAGGUCUGCAUGAAGAGGACAUAAACCCCCCCCCCCCGCGGAUGUUCCGACUGCGCCUCUACCGCGUUUUGGCUCCCUACAAAUGAUGGUGCUAUUUUAGAAGGACAGAUUCCCAACCGAAUGAACCGAAUACCAACCAAACGAAUGCGUUGCCGCUGGAAUGCCGGGGGUCCUGAGCCGGGAGACCAGCUGGCGCCUUGCUUGUUCCAGAACACUCCGCUACUUUGCCGCAGCGUUUCUUCACCGAAUGGCACUUUGUUUAUCACUGCACUGACUAUAGCCCUAUUGUAAGCAGGUGUCCAUUUUAAAGGAGUAUGCGUGCGCCCGGUGCUAUCCAGUACACCUAUCUAUCCUUUGUUAUGUGUUUUUUCAUAGUAAUGCCUCAGUGUUGUUUUUAUACAGAUUCCACCUAACUACAUCAAUUCAUAGAUAUAAAUAUUUUUAUUAUUUGUUUUUUUAUUCAAAAGUUGUACUAAUGUCCAGGCUGGGACUGCAGCUCGUUACAGGUGACUGUAGUUGAAAUCACUGUCAACUAAUGGUUACCACAGCACUCAACUAGAGGUACGGGCAUCACCGUACCAUUAACUUUAUUGUAAAUAUAAUGCAUUUAAAGUACUAACCACUUCGCCUCCAGAACAGGUCAGGUAAUGUUCUUCAUUUUUGUGAACCAUCCUUCUUUUAUUUAUAAGAAUAAAAAAUGUACAAGAAAAAAAAUGGAUGUAAAAAGCCAAAGAGCAGAGAGCCAUGGGGCCUAUAAUGCAGUGUAAAUGCUGUGCUCCAAGCUAAGGCAUGGGCAUGUGCUGGUUACAGUAUAUAUAGUGUUAUGCACUGCAUAGCCCUUGGGAGGCCCUUGGGAGAUCGCCCUCGAUGUGUUUGAGUUUGUAUACAGCUCGCUGGGAGAAACUAGUUACUCCAGUGUGUUUGUGCACAGAGCACAUGUCAGGAGAGAGGAUGCCACUCUAAUGUGUUUGCAGGAGCAGUUACAGUGGAGCUACAUGCAGGAGAGGCAAAUAGCUUCACUUUAUAUCGAUGAUAACCACGAGUCUGUUUUCCAUUAUGAAAAAGCCAGGUUUUUUAACAGGGAUCACCCCUACUGUGUUCUGGGUGUUUGCAUUGCCUGUGUUCACUAAAGGGUGGAGCUUACUUUAAUUGGCAUACAUUGUAAAACAAUUAAAAAUGGCCAGGGAUAAUUAAUAAAAUAGGGUGAGUUUUGGCCAGAUGGACAUGUCUAAAUUAAGGAUUAUCAUAUUUAAGAUCAAUAAAGGCUAUUUGCAGUACAGUGAAAAUAAAGGUAAGUUCUCUGCCUCACCCUUUUGUAGCUCUCCAGCUGCCAGUUGAGGGGUGAUGGUGUCACAUGGAAAUAUCUGUGGCCCUACGUCGCCCCCUGCUGCCUCGCGCACACCCACACACAACUUCCGCUCCGAGUUACAUUCCACAGCAGCAAAACCCUCUCAGCAAAUCAUGAAGCUUAAUUCCCCCGUCAGCUGUAAUUAUGAUAUCAUGUGCUUUUGACAUCACCACGUCAGACAUCGGUGCAGUGGCCCUGUGGCAAGGGCAUGUGGGCUAGAAUGACCGCACUAAGUUAUACAUCCAAAACCCCAGCUGCAUUUUAAAUUGACGUUGUUUGCUUCUUUGCCAAAUUUGGGGUGGUGGGCUGGUGUCCUUCCCAGAGGGUGAGCUUCGUGAACAUCAGCUGUUUUGUGUCACGUAAAUUGGGACGAAUAGGCACAUGAUUCCUUCCUCAUUGCGUCCAACACCAAAGUUAGAGUGUAGCCCCACCCCCAUUUGAGACAGGACAAUCACGAUUAUAUCACACGUAUACUGUGUUGUACCAUGCUCAGCCUUUCUGCAAAAACGUGCCAUUUGCUCUUCCCAGCUUCCCAGCUGCACUUGAUGUUUUUGUCUUCAGGGUUUUUUAUGGGCAAAUUAACAUAUGCUAAAUAAACCACAUGCACACACACACACACGCACACACACACACACACACACACACA